UGGCAUAUAUACACAUUGACCCAUUAUAAACAUUUUCAGAUAUGGACCAAAGUCAGAAUCGUUUCCUGGUGGCCAGGGAGGAUCUACAAAUGUAAUUUUUUGUCUUAUCCGCCCCACUAUACGAUACUAAUAUAUAGAUGUUCACACACGCAUGCACACAAUAUAUUGUCCAUCCCUUCUAUUUCUGGCUACAGACCUUCACAAAUAUUAACACGUACAUCUAAUGGACGGCGUGACUGACUGGAUCACAGAUGUCACAGUGUCUCUCUUUACCCAGAGCCUGUUCACUGUAAAAUCAGGUCACUUCUGUUAUCAUUUGAUCCACGACUCGGGGAAAUCCCAAAAGAAAAUGGAGUGCCAAAAGCCGGAUGUCAAGCCAGUUUUGUAUUCGUUCUUUAGAAGUUCAUCAUGCUGGCGAGUCAGAAUCGCCUUGGAUUUUAAAGAGAUUGACUAUGAAUACAAAACAUGCGAGUGGUUCUAUGAAGAGGGACAAAAGCGUGCAGAGUACCUGAAGCUGAACCCAAUGGGAGAGGUCCCCACCCUGAUCAUAGAUGGCAACACACUGACACAGUCCCUUCCCAUUAUAGAAUAUUUGGAAGAAACGAGGCCAGAUAAACCUCUUCUUCCAAAAGAUCCUGUACUUAGAGCAAAGGCACGGGCUUUAACGGAAAUAAUAAACUCAGGAAUACAACCCCUUCAAAAUAUCAGAGUCGAAAAGAAAUCUGGGGACAGUACAUGGGCCAAGUUCUGGAUAGAAAAAGGAUUUACGGGUUUAGAGAGAGCUCUACAGGAAACUGCGGGGAGGUUUUCAAUGGGAGACAGCAUCUCACUACCUGACGUGUAUUUAGUGCCACAGGUGUAUCGUGCCAAAAGAGUGAACGUGGAUAUGAGUAAGUUCCCACUUAUUAGUCGCAUAGACUCGGCACUUUCGGAGGUGGACGCAUUCAAAUCUGCGCAUGCGUUACGACAGCCAGAUUGCCCAAUGAAAGAACGUUUAUCAUCCUAAUCCACGACAUGUUCAUGUUCAUUACAGCUAUAAUGAAUGCACAAUACAGUAGAAUCUCGUUGGGGCGGACUCGAAAGUGUCGAUUACACCGCAACGCUCGAACCAAACACGAAGUUCCGAGUUACACUUACACGUUGUUGACCGAGUGGUUAGGUCGCACUACCCGGUGGGUAGAACACUUUCUCGGGCACCGACAGAGUUCGAGCCAACGGGAUUCAACUGAAAAUAACAUAUUUUAGAUGUUUGAUUUGUAUUUGUUUUAAUAAAACAGAUUGCUGACUA